CAUCAGAUUCGCCUAUACACUGUGUCCAUUGCUGUGUUGGUUCAGCAGUCUGAGCUGUGCUUUUUAAACCAUUUUGAAGGAAGCUCGUUGAACCAUUAAUUCUGUCAGCAUCAUGCAUGUAGCUGGACGUAAAAGGAUUUGCAACCUUUAACACAUAGAGAAAAGAAGGACCAACCCAAAGGUGUCGUGUCUGACCAUUAUUUUCCACCCAAGGAAGACCAGUUAUCUGUGUAUGGAUAUGGCCAGCCCUCAGACAGGUCUGAAAACCCCUUUCAAAGACCUGACCUCAUUCAAAGGCAACAUGAAGCGGCUGUACAGGGAGCGACUGGAAGAUGCACCCAUUAAAAAACGGGUAAUGGCGGAGAUGCAUUUAAAACGACGUAGCCUGGAGAGCAUCCCCAAACCCCUAAAGGUCAAGAAGGAGCGUGAGGAGCACACCAGCUCGGAAAUGGACAUGGAGGAAAGAGAAUUCCACAUUGUUGGGGCUUCCAAGGCUUUAGAUCUGAGCGCCGGCCUCAAGCACACGCUGGCACAGUUCACGCUGAGCAGCCAGAGCUCCCUGGGAGGUCCUGCUGCUUUCUCAGCAAAAUCGGCUCAGGAGUGCGCCUCUCCUGCUGGCAUGGCUCCCCUACCGUCUCCCCCAGUCCUCGGAGGAGGCCCGCUUUUAGUGCCCUGUGACAGCUCCACAGAGCUGACCCAUUCUCUCCUUGAAGGAGAGUCCAUCUCCUGCUUUGUUGUAGGUGGUGAGAAGCGUCUUUGUCUGCCCCAGGUACUCAACUCAGUGCUCCGAGACUUCUCUCUGCAGCAGAUCAAUGCUGUCUGUGAUGAACUUUACGUUUACUGUUCGCGAUGUGAUGCGGAGCAGCUGCACAUUCUCAAGGUGCUGGGUAUUUUGCCUUUUAAUGCACCUUCCUGUGGCCUGAUUACCCUAACUGACGCCCAACGGCUCUGCAAUGCCCUGCUUCGCCCAGGUGCCACCAUCUCAGCCGAUCCCAACAGCAAACUGCCAGGUCAAGGCCUGCUGAAGGAGAGUGAUGCCAGUUUCCAGGUGGAGCACCAGUGUCUGGGCAAGUGCCAAGGCCUGUUUGUGCCCCAAUUCUAUGUCCAGCCCGAUGCCCCUUGCAUUCAGUGCAUGGAGUGCCAGCUGCUGUUUUCCCCACAGAACUUUGUAAUGCACUCACACAAGUCCCCUGACAAGAGGACCUGCCACUGGGGCUUCGAUUCGGCCAAGUGGCCCUGCUACCUUCAGCUGGGGCGCAAGCAUGAGGGCACACAGGAGGAGCCACAGCUCAAACAGCUGCUGGACGAGAUGAAGCAGAAGUUUCACUACCAGCUAAAGAGGCCUCUGGACAAAAAGGUGGUGGAUGAUGACGGCCACGGGAGGAAGUCCAGCCCUGCACCCUGCCCUCCCAACAGCAAGCUGUCUGAUAGCGGCCUGGAGGAAAAGCUAGCAUCAAAGGGCAACUCACAGUCUUCACUAGUGUUCAGUCGACUGUUUCCUGACAUCAAGGAAGAACCAGGACAUGCUCCUAUCAUCCAUCCGAGCUACUACCUGUACACGUACGAUAAGAUGGUGGCCCCUAACGUGUCCCUGCGGAAGGAGAGAGAGGUGAGCCAUGAGGUUCUGGGGGCCCUGCUCAAACAACACUACAACAGGAGGACGCACACCCAUGACAACCAGCCCACCACAGAUCUUCCUGCAUCUCCUUCCUCCACUGCAGAGGAGGCCAAAUCCCACCACACGGGCGAAGCACACGAGCGCCGCCAACCUCCUCCGCCGGUCGCCAUGGAGACCAGCCCGGGUGGCAAGCAACACGCCCCCAUUUCCACGGCGGGCAAAGACAGCGGCGCAGAGGAUGACAAGGACAGGAUCAUGCUGGAGAUCGUGCAGAUGUACCGGCGGCAGCAAGAGAAGCUCAAUUCCACGCUUCAGAAACAGCUGCAGCUAGAGAUGGAGCUGGAGGCAGUGCGUGGGGGCGAGGCGGCCCGGCUCAGGGAGUUGUCUGCGGAGCAGCUGGAGCUGCAGAACGAGCUGGAGGCGGUGCACACUGAGCAUGCUCAGAGACUGGGGGAGGUGCGGCAGGAGCAGAGGCAGCUGGAGCACCGGCUCGAGCAGCUCAAACAGCAGAGCUGCGCCUGCCAGCCUAAAGAGCAGGAGGCACAGUACAAUGCGCAGCUGUGUGAGCUGCGGUGUCGUCUGGAGCAGGCCGAGCGGACGCCAGAGCUGCAGGAGGAGCUCUGCAGAGAGCGAGAGGCCAGAGAGAAGCUGGAGCUGAUGAUCGCUCAGCUUCAGCAGCAGAUGAGCCGCUCCGCCACCAAAGGCACCAACAGCCCCGCCCAGCCUCCGACCCCCUCCGCCAGCCCUCAAUCCCAGCAUUCACCCUGUUCACCAAUCCCUGAGGUAACCUCCGGAUAAACCCCACACUUCAGGAACACGCAGAGCCCUACACAAAACACAAGACAACAGCUCUGCUGAAAAAGAGCAGCUCUCCCAUCACGACCAUCGCACCGAGACUCAACUUUUGUGUUUAAUUUAAAGACUCUUCGUGUCGCCCGGCCUGCAACCAGACGUUUAGUGUUUUUUGGAUGUACAUGUUUGUUCUAAUUUAUAGUCGUGCUAAGGGGCUGAUGGGAUGCAGGAGGCAUUUUUUUUUUCGUUUGUAGGACUUCUUGCCUCCUGUGGAGUUGCUCGAGUGUUUCUUUUUUCCUGUCCCGGCUCUUUGCAACAGGAAAUGACACUGACACUCACUAAAAUACUACCUGUCACGCGGAAUCCCAGGAUGCCGAGCGACAAAGACGCCAAUGCCCUGCAGCAGCAAGAAAACCAUGCGGAUGUUUACUUUUUUAUUUUAAUUCUGUGUAUUGGUUAUUUCAUCCAGAAUAAUGGGAGAACGUGUUUUGUUUCUUCUUCUUAAAAUAUUAUUUAGUCAUUUUACUUUAUAGACAGGCGUCCCUUACUAAAGCCCCCCUGGUUUAAGAUCAUAAUCCUCCUCUUUUCCUUUGCGCUUUCUUUCCCAGCCUGCCGUUUGUCUUUUUGGGUCUGGUGUUGAUUAUGCGUUUCCUGUCUGCGCUGCUGACCCUUUGCAGACUCCUGUAAAACAACAGGUCGCUUCAUUCCUAUGAGAUGCUGAACGCAAAAACACACACGCACACUCGCCCUCUGCUGGAGAACACUAUGUAUAACAAACAAUUUUAACAUUUCUUCUAUAAAAACAUACUUGUAUUCAUUCCCAUGCUACUAGUAAUUAUUUUUAUAAACUAGUAUCAUUACAUUAAGUACUAGUAACUAUUCAUUAGCUACUGUUUCUCAUUAUUAUUUGUAUUUAUUUAUAUAGUAGUGCCUAUUCAUUAGUUCUUAUUAAUUAGAUGCUAAUACUUAUUCAUUAAUAGAUGCUUGUAACUUAAAUAAACACUAGUACUUGGUUAUUAGAUACUAAUACUGAUGCUGGAUCGAUGCUGGAACUUAUUAUAUAUUAAUAGAAUACUAGUAGUUAUUAUUUAUUAUACAUUGUCUUCUGAAUUUUCUCGUCUUACUUUGACUAGUUUUAUUGGACACAGUGGAGUUCAGUUAAAUGUUUUACUAGUAAACUGACUUAUCUUGCUAAUAACAUUUUAAGUAAGAACUAGUAUCUAUUUUAUAUGCACAUGUACUAAUCAGUAAGUGCUAGUAUUCAGUAAAUAAGACCUUGUGUUUGUUUUAAUGCAACAAAAUCUGGUAAAUGCUAGUAUGUAAGGAUUAAGUACUAGUAUCUAGUAGAACUGGUACUAACUACAAUUACAUGAAAAUGUGUACUAGGCACAGCUGUAACAUAUAUUAAUCCAAACUGGACAGUUAUUUAUUUAUUGUUUACUAGUAACUAAUGAAAUAAGUACUUGUGUGUGUAUUUUAAUAGGUACUAGCAUCUAAUAAAUAAGAACUAGUGUAGAAUAAAUAAAUUCUAGUAUGCUGCUAAUAACUAAACAUUAAUAUUAUAAGCAUCUAAAGUAUUAGCACUAGUAAAUAAUCAGUACUAGUAUCUAAUAAAUAAAAACUAAUGUGUAAUAAAUAAAUACUAGUAUGUUGCUAGUAACUUGAUGCUUUUAAUAUGAAUGUUUAAAG